AUGCGCGGCACGCUUCCCUCCAAACGUGAGGUGCUGCCUCCGUCGAUUGACUGGCGUGGCCCAAUCGUCAUGUUCCUCUGCUUUCUCGGUGCCGUCACUUUUGCCGUUGGCCAUCACGUCCUCAACCUCAAGCUCCAGGGAAGAGCCGUCGCCGAAGUCUCUGUUGACCAACAAUGGGUUUCCCGGGCUGGAAAUGCACUGGCAUAUCUCGUCAAAGUUCUUCUGGUACUGGCCGACGGCAUCGCGUACUUCCAAUGCGUAUGGCAUCAUGCAAGGGGAAGACCGACGAAGCUCAGUCAGUUCGACUCCAUGUUUGGAGCGUUGGACAACGUCCUCGAGUUUCGCCACCUGUCUUUCUGGUUUCGACGCCCGCUCCUGUUGUUGGGUGUGGUCGUUGUGUGGCUUAUACCAUUAGCAGCCAUCAUCACGCCCGGCACAAUCUCUGUGGUGUCCGCGUCAGAGACCGAGCCGACUACUAUCACGGUACAACAACGAGAAUAUGGCAAAACCUCGUACGGUGCCGCGGUGGAGGCCGACAAUGGAACCGUGUUCUACGGUGGUGAGAGAUCCUAUCUGAAGGGCCCAACACUGGCAAUGCUGGCCGAGACCGAGGUUUUGUCGGUGGGCACAUUUCCCACAAACUUGACAUGGUCCAUGGGUUUCUUUGGCCCGGCGAUAUCCUGUUCCACCGCGGGAGCCGAAGUCACAGCGCAGUUGACAAAGAUCAUCCUCCCCUAUCAACAGAGGAAUCAAACGUCGUUAAUGUACGACACCUGGAUCCCUAGACCAGUUGCGUCUCCGAACAGUACCCUUGUCGAUGGCAUGCUUGUUUUGGACGACGACAAGAACAGCAACCUCCGGAUCCUGGACCAAACUUCACCAGAUGCAGCAAGGAUCUAUUACAGCCUGGCUCCCGAUGCGACCACCCAAGCGACGAUGGCGAAUCCCAUCUACGUCAUCGAGUGUGCCCUGUAUAACGCCUCAUGGCACCUCGACUUCGACGUCCGCAGCACUGGCGAGCAGAAUCUCACCCCGAGCCUGAGAUUCGAGAACUGGAUGCCCGGGUGGAGCAGCAUCAAACCGGCGCUGACAGCCAGCACCGAGACCAACGUGAUCCUCGACUACGCAGGCCUCAUGGAGACCUUCGGCGCCAUCACCAGCGGGCAUCUCGACUAUCCGAACGACCCAAGCCUGCCCUUCGAACAGACCAGCCUCGCACUAGAAACCAGCCCCGUCUUGUUCCACGACGCGUUCCCCGACCCGUUCGACGACGCCGCCAUGAUCACGCUGCAGCGCACCUUCGAGACUCUGUUCCAGAACAUGACCCUCUCGGCGCGCUACGCGGUGCUGCCCCGCCAGGACCUCCGCGACGACGCCUCGGACUGGACCUUCGCGACCGUCGCCGCGACGUCCACGUUCGCCCGCAACGUGUACGCCUACGACAGCCGCGACCUCGUCGUCGCGUACGCGGUCGUCGUCGGGGGCAGCGCCGUGUGCAUUCUCCUGGCCAUGCUGGCCGUCGCGCGCACGGGCGCCGUGUAUUCCAACAGCUUCUCCACGGCCGUGCGCGUCAGCAGGGGCCAGCGCCGUCUGGACGCCGUCGUCCAGGACGACCACGACCGCAGCGGCGCGCAGCCCCUGCCGAGGAGGAUCGCGGAUGCGUAUAUAUGGGUCGGGCAAGAGAGUGCCGUGGGCAUGGGCACGGGGCGAGCUAGAGUCGACACGGCAGACUCGACGGGGGAGCGGCGCUCGUGGUGGGGAAAGGAACAGGUAAUGGAUCUGGAGAAGAGCUCGGCGCCCCUGUCAACCGCGAGGGUUCCGCCAGGUGGCUCCGUCGCCGAGCUGAAGGGAAGGGAUAGUGGCGGGCUGGGUGGGUGGAUAUAG